AUGGGGAAGUCAUAUCUCGAAUUGGUCAACGAAUGCGACAAAUUCCCAUACUACGAGAAUAAUCCAACGCUCUAUGCAGCCCACUUGAAGAAUUUCCACGCUUUCAAAGUAAGCGGGUGUGAUGCUGUGCUGGGGUAUAUCCUCAAUUCGGUAGUGGAAAAGUUCUACUGGCCGGAGGAUUGCUGGUCGGUUGACUCUACAAAUCGAACAGUCACGCUCGUUACCCCUCCAAAUGCGACAGCCGACCAGCGGAGCCAAUUGGUCGCAAAGACCCUCCGUGAAGUAGUCAAGAGGGGAAUCUUUGACAUAUUGAAAGGAUGGCGCAAUGAGCUCUACCCUGUUUACGGUCCAGGCGGAGAGUUCCUGUUGGAAAUGGAACGGAGCGCAAGUCCGCUCUUCGGCAUCGUUUCAUAUGGUAUUCACUGCACUUGCUACGUUGAAGACGAAAAUGGACUACGCAUUUGGGUCCCCAGGCGGUCACGGACGAAGCAAACGUACCCUGGAAUGCUGGACAACUCCGUGGCGGGCGGAAUGAGCACCAAGGAGAAACCUUUUGAGUGUUUGGUCCGCGAGGCGAUGGAAGAGGCGUCUCUUCCCGAGGAUGUGGUCAGGCAAAACGCCCGCUCUGUUGGAUGUGUCACGUAUGUCUAUGUUCGUGGAGCGCGGGCUGGAGGCGAAACCGACCUGCUGCAGCCUGAGGUUGAAUACGUUUACGAUAUCCAGCUCAGCGCUGACGUUAUUCCGAAGCCCUGCGAUUCAGAGGUCGAGGAGUUCAACCUAUACACUAUCGAGGAGGCCAAGAAGGCACUGGCAAAUGGUGAAUUCAAGCCCAAUUGCGCUGUUGUAUUGAUCGAUUUCUUCAUCAGACAUGGGGUCCUGACACCCGAAAACGAGCCCGAUUACCUGGAGAUUGUCGCAAGGAUUCACCGCCGCCUUGAGUACCCAACUGUAUCGCACGCCGCGAGGUAG